AUGUCGAAACCUGGGGUGGACGAUGUAAGCAAAAGUAGUCCGCUUGAGAGCCUACUAGAAGACCGCAAUCAUAUUUUAACAGAACUUUAUUGUGUAUCAAGGCUACAUGAAUUUUUACAAGUAACCGAUGAUGCUCUUCUUGAGAAGCAGAUCCAUCAGUUUCUAGAGGCGAACGAUAUCAAGAGGGGCUCACCCUUUGAUACUAAUACCCUACCAAAAUUCACUCAAGUUGACCCUCCAUUUGAUAAAAAGAAUGCUAGAAGCAAAAGUAGUACUCCUGUAGAUAACCCUAAGAAGGAAAAAGAGCUGAUAAGAAGUGAAAAAGAAGAAGGCAAGACAGGUAAAGAAUCAAAAGAACAAUCCAACGACGACUCCAAAAGUGGGGAAAAGAACACCGAUGAUGAUAUACUAACAUCUAAGGGUAAUGAAGCGCAUGGCACGGUGACAGUAAUAAAUCCUGACAACGGUACAACUACUAAUGAUAGAAAACGGACACUGCAUGAGGCUACCGAUCAGGAAGACCCAAAAUCAAAUAAAAAUUCAAAUUAUUUGAACGUUCCUCCCCCACUCAAGCGUCAAAGGAUAGAUAAUAAUGUCGACAGAGUGCGAGUAACUCCAGUUGAUGUUAAGAGUCAGCAGAAGGACUACCUUUUACGUAAACUGACCAAAGAAUCUGUAGAAAAGGCAACCCUUUUUAAUGAGGCAAACAUCGAUGCGAAAGAGUCCGUAUAUUUGGUGAUGAAUGACAAGAUACCUUCAAAAAUUCCACAGGCUGUACCAUUAGCCGAACUGAAAUAUGUUUCGCAAACUCUUCCAUUGAUAAAACUAAUACCAACGGCACACAAAGUUAUCACAACUCAUAUAAUGAACACGGCACUAAACGAAGGACGUAUCGCAGUUGUUAGCUCUAGAAUAGAGGAAUUACGCAGGUUGGGUUUGUGGUCCCUGCGGCAGCCCAAAAGAUUCAUUGAUCCUUGGAGUUCACAAAGAAAAAGUUCAACUCAUCAUGGGUUUUUAUUAGAGGAAGCUAAGUGGAUGUUCUGUGAUUUCGAUGAAUUUAAGAAGUAUAAGAUUGCGGUAUGUGCCGUCAUGGCGCAAGCGGUAAUCGACUUUUGGAAUUACGGGCGAGUAUGUUGUAUAAAAACCAAAAAAGAACAAGAUAAGGAAAUUAAUAAUCAGUACAAAACCGAUCCGGCUGUAAAUGGAGAAGGAGAUUCUAUUGAUAUGAAACUUAUUUUAUCAAAGUCGGAUCCAAACACAGAAUUCUCACCACCAGAACUUCCCUCAACUUCAGAAGCCGAGUAUAAAGCAGCUUUAGAUAAGAGACCUUCAUUUUUCAAAAUGCACCUGUCAUUCGACGAACUGAAUUCACUUGAAAGAAAAAUUGUGGAGGACAUCCCUCUUUAUAUGGGAGUAAGCUACACCGAAGUUGAAAAAGAUGAUUCAAACGAAUUACCUUUCGAUCCCAUUUCAAAAUCGACGGUUACGCUAGAUGACGAUCAUUACGUAAAAGUUGUCGAGCGGCAAAUCAUAGAUGAUGAACCUUCAUUAGUUCCUCUGAGUAAAAGAAGAGGAAUGUUUUACGGUAAUAGACGAAGCUAUUAUUUGCGUCCACCAAUGGCCCCAUCACUUCGGUACUUGCGUUACAGAACACCAACUAUUUGGCUCCCCGAAGAUGAUCAAGAACUUGUGAAGAAUAUCAAUUCUUAUGCAUAUAAUUGGGAUUUAAUAAGUACCCAAAUGUCGUCCAGGACAACUAGAUCUUACUGCUCAAAUAUUGAGAGAAGGACACCUUGGCAAUGCUUUGAAAGAUUUGUUCAGCUAAACGAAAAGUUUCAGUUUACCGACAUGAAAGGGCCCCGUGCUCAUAAUGCCCAAAUUUGGCUAAUGGAAGCUCAUAAGUUACAACAGCAACAAAAGAGACGAAUCUCUCCUUUAGGUGUCGGCGAGGAAUCAAUUCAACGAGGACACAAAAGAUUACGUUGGGCGAGUAUGUUUGAAGCGAUGCGAAAAUGUAUAAAGAAGCGAGAGAAUGCUCCCCGGCCCAACCCUACGCAACCUAGAAAACCUCUCGAUUGCAAAAACACGUCAGUGCCUACUCCUACGGAGAUGUCCCAACUAAAGGCACAACGAGAUGAUGCAUUACGGAGAGAUAUUCAGAUGAGGCGAAUUGCCAAGCAGAAACUCCAGGCUGCGACUUUGAACCAACAAGCAUCACCCAGAAAUUCCAAGAUAUCAGUUCAAAGCGCUCCUCAGUUGGGAAACCGUCAUGCGGCCAACAACGCACCAAACCAUCUAUCUAGAUCAUCUUCUGAUGUUUCAAAGAUCACCACUCAAAUACCGCAACAAGGAGACAUCAAGCCACUAUCCGAGAAGAGCAUCAUAGAGAGCUAUGCCCGUAAGAUUUUAACGCAAAAGCCUGAAUUCACCCCUGAACUGGCUCUUAAGGCCGCAGAAAGCUAUUAUAGGAGCAUGAAACAGAGACAAAAGGCCCAUCAAGAAGAUCAAUCCCGAGACCCACAGCGCGCUUCUCAGAAGAUUGGAACUAAUUCACAGACGCAAUCCACCAUUAGACAAGAAGGAGCCACGGCGGACAAAAUAUUAUCACCGACUCCACAAGAAAUACUUCAAAAAAUUCAGCAAGGUAAAUAG